CUUCACUUCUUCUCGGCUGUGUGAGGAGGAAUUAGAGAAGAAACAACCUAUCCGAUUCGAUUCGAUUCCACAACCUUCAAAUUCGAUAUUUGGUUAGCUCUCGUUCUCAAUCUGGUGAAUUAGGGUUCCUGUUGAAGCUGAACGAUGAUGGGUGUACCCACCGAAUUGGAAGGUGAGCUUCUUUCUCUCUUUUGCUGAAACCUUAAGCUGGUGCUUUCGCCCAUGGGUAAACCCGAGGAUGACGGCAACAGCCUCCGCGCCGGAGGAGAAGCUCUCGGCGAUUCCGCGGAGAGGAGGAGGAAUGCUCCUCCUCGUCGUCGUCUUCGUUGUUGUUGUGGGUGUUUCGAAUGGAUCUCGGGGCUUGUUGGGUGUAAAUGCCUCUUCGUGCUGCUUCUCUCCGUCUCCUUGUUUCUCUCCGCUUUGUUUUUGUUGCUUCCUUUUGGCGCCGUGGAUCGUGGGGGUUCGAGUCUCGAUCCCAGAUUUAAAGGUCAUGCUGUAGUAGCGAGUUUUAGCCUCAAUAGACCAAAAUCUUUUCUUAAUGAACAUCUCGCGCAGCUUCAGGAGGACAUCUUCCAAGAGAUGAGCUACAUUUCCAUCAACGUAACUAUCCUAGCCCUCGAGUCACACGAACUGAACACAACAAAGGUUGUGUUUGGAAUCGACCACGAUACAGCAUACCGAGAGAUAUUUCCUCUCUCCUUGAGUACUAUCAAGGGGAUGUUUGAAUCGGUGCUCAUAAACCAAUCCACUCUUCAGCUUACCAAACCCUUGUUUGGGGACACUUUCCUUUUCGAAGUUCUAAAGUUUCCAGGAGGAAUCACUGUGAUUCCACCUCAAAGUGCUUUCCCGCUGCAGAAGUUCAAGCUUUCUUUCAACUUUACGCUAAACUACUCCAUUCAUCGGAUCCAGAUAAACUUCAAUACCCUUGCUAUUCAACUCAAGAAUGGCCUGAAUCUCGCACCAUACGAGAAUCUGUAUGUAACCUUAUCAAACGCAGAGGGUUCCACCGUGUAUCCCCCUACGACUGUUCACUCAUCUGUUUUGCUGAGAGUCGGGACUUCAAAUCCAAGCCCAAGACUGAAGCAGCUGACUGAUACCAUCACGGGCUCACGCUCGAAGAACCUUGGCCUGAACAAUACCAUAUUUGGUAAGGUCAAGCAAGUUCGUCUGUCAUCUUUGCCAAACAACAGUGAUAGCAGCACCAACUCUCCAUCACCUUCACCUUCCCCUCAUUCCAACCACCACCAUCACCACCAUCACCAUCAUCAUCACCACAACCAUCAUCACCACCAUCACCACCACCACCACCAUCAUCAUCAUCAGCUUAGCCCAAGUAUAGCUCCUGCUAUUUCACCUGUGGCCUCUCCUGUCCCUCAGAAAAGUCCUAGAAUUAGAAGAGCUCCAUCUGCACCUCCGCCCUGCAACUCAGGGAAUAGAAGAGGACAAAGAGUACAUUUCAAGGAUAAACAUUUGCAUUUCUCAUCUACACCUACUCCCACGCCUUCUCCUUCCCCUCCAUCACAUCGUCCUCCUCGCUAUUCUGCUCAGCCACCACAUGCAUCACAUCAUUCUCCUCGCUAUUCUGCUCGACCACCACAUCAUCAGCUGCACUCACCGGCCCCUAUUCCUGCAGCCAAGCCUCAUAUAGUUCCAGUCUCUGCCCCUCUACCUCAUGUGGUGUUUGCCAAUGCAGCUCCACCACCGAAAACCAAACCAAGUGAACCGCAGCACGCAAACGAAGUUUCUCAUCCUCAACCGCAGACAUCUUCAUCUAAUUUGAACUUACCAGCUACGCCAUGGAUUGUUCUACUCAUGCUGAUAGCGGCUUGGCUUCGUGAAUAAUGACAGUAACAUGUCUAGUACAUCGUAUCAGAACCUCCUCCUCCUCUCCCUCAACCGGAUACUCAAAACUUAAGUGUAUAAAAAAUGAAUUCAUAUGGAGACUAGAGUUGUUGUUAUAGAAUGUUGCUGCACAAAAGUGUGCAGCCUUCUACUUA